UUAUUCUUUUGAAUGCUUAUAAAGUUAAGUUAUGGUUUGAAUGUAAAACAAAAAAAGUGAAAUUGACAGAUUCACAAAAUGUUUUAAAAAAGCACUUGAUUACUCCUGUCAUUAUAUGACUAAUUUAAUGUUUAACUUGAACUAAUUAAUGUUUAAUAUUUUUCGCCAUAAUUAUUUUAACAGUUUUUUUUUUUCUGACUUAGCGCGAAAAAGUCAGACGAAGUGUGUCUAUAGUGAUGAUGUUUGAAGUCUUUAACUAUUGUUUCAGUUAACAUUGAGGAAAUACCCAGAAUGGAGGAUCCUGGACUUGUAAUUGCCGAGCUACGUGCAGCAACCAAUGUACCAAUAAAGCAGCUUGUACCACCAUCAAUAAAAGUCCUUUCCAACAUUCUAACAGUGGUACAUAAUCCAACCAUCAAAGUUUUUACAGUUUCUGGACCAGAUAGCAAGGCGGAAGUGGUGAAGUUAUUUCCGAAAGAAAGCUGCACAUGUCCUUCAUCAGCAAUGUGCUGCCAUAUACUAGCAGUUAAACAUAGCGUUGGUGUUGAGCAUUGUAGUGAAAGGAGACCUCUUAACUUGACUAAUUUGCGACGCAAUUCGCGUAAAAAAGGUGACAAAAAAUCAGGAAGGAAGAAGCCAAGGAAAGGAGAUAUUUCCUUUAUCCCUGCACCAGAUGCAAUUGCCACAACCAAAAAUCUUGAAAUAAAUUGCUUAGAUGAUUUCUUGACAGAAAAUAUUGACCUAAAAAAUAUUGCUAUGGCGACCCCAUUAACUCAAUUUAAAAUGGAACAAAAAAAAUUAACAUUAGUCAAUUCAAGUGUUCCAAAGAUAUCUCAACCUGCAGGUUCUUUAGUUUUAUCCGAUUGUUCAUUAUUUAUUAAUUCAGAUGUUACACCAGUAGUUGAUGUUGAUAAUGGAAUGUUUCCAAAUUUAUUUGAAAAUAAUUCUUUACAUUUUGAUAAUAUUGGUAUUGCAGCCUUAUUAAAUCAAUCUAAAAUCGAGCAAAAUGGAUUGAAAAUUGUCAAUGCAGAUGCACAGAAAAGUCAAUCUACAUAUUCUUUAGUUGCAUCUGAUUCUCUAUCAUUACUUAAUUCAGAUGUGAUACCAUUGGUUAAUGUUAAAUCAGACUGUAUUGUUGAUGACGAGGCUUGGCUUCGAUUUAAUACAAUGAGUCUAAGCAUUGCUGAUAGAAGUCUCAUCACAAGUCCAGUUGGCCUCCUUAAUGACAAAGUAAUUUAUGCUGCGAUGAUUUUGUGUAAACGGCAGUUUCCUGAAAUGGAUGGUUUACAAGACCCUAUUCUGUGUUUUGCGGGUCAAUGUAAUAGUGCUCCGUUUACAAGUCGUGGUUUCGUUCAAAUUUUUAAUGAUGAAAUUAAAGGUCAUUGGAUAACUGUAGCUAACCAGCAUUGCAAAGAAGGUAAAAUAAACAUUUAUUGCAGUUUACAAUUGACUCCGAGCAAAGAGUGUACACGUUCUAUUGCAAAAUUUGCGCGUCUACAGUGUGCCACUAUCGAGCUCAAUAUAAACAAUGUAUCCCGCCAAAAAGACCUACUAUGUGGAUUUUACGCAAUUGCAAAUUGCGUUACAUUGUGCUUAGGCAAAGAUCCCUGCAAUUUUACGUACAAGGAGUCAGUAAUGCGGCAACACUUAUUGACUUGUCUUGAAAAAAAACAUAUUAUCCAGUUUCCUGUUGAAAGUUUUAGAACUGUUCGGAAGAGUGUUAUUCGUGUUUCAAGAAACUCUUUGUAUUGUCUAUGUCGCACUAUUUUUAUGUCUUCGGAUUCAAUGAUCCAAUGUACAUUAUGCAAUGAGUGGUUUCAUGCAUCUUGCGUAGGUUUAACAGAGGAGCUUUUUGUUGAGUACAAAAGAGAUAUUUGCAAAGUUUAUAAAUGCGCCAAAUGUAAAUAGGAUUCUUACUGAACAUUUAUAAAUUAACAUUUUUUUUUUGGAAAAAUGACCUGCCGAAUUUUUUUGGUAGAUCACACAUCAGAAAACGGCUGAUAGGAUAAUCUGCUCUGCUGUUAUUAACAUUACAAUGAUCUGCUCUGCCGGUUGCGUUAUGAUCUCCCAAAUUAUUUGGCAGAUCACACAUCAGAAUACGGCAGGUCACUUUUUUUUUUGGUAAAGUUUUGCGACUAAAAAAUGUCUAUGCAUAAAAAU